AUGGGACGCAGAAAGCAUUGUAGUGCAAAAAAACGAGAACUGAUCCGAGAGUUUAUAUCAGCAGGGAAAUCUUAUAGAGAAGUUGGUCGUGUAGUUGAGUGGUCCAAUAAAAUGAUAAGAAAUGCCAUAAAAUUUCAAGAAAUGCUUGAGACACGUGGUCAAAAAUAUUCUAUUUCAAGAUUGCUGUCCAAUCGCUUAUUCCGAGAGGCUAAAAAGGAACUUUUUAAAACAGGUACCGAGCUGAAAAAGGACUUUAACAUCGAUGCAACGGUAGAAACAGUUCAGAGUUGUCUGCGAGUUAAUGGAUUAAAAGCCUGUAGUCCCAGAAAAGUUCCACUUCUAAGUGGCAGACAUGUUGUAAAGCGUAUUACGUUUGCUAAAAAUCACUCAAAUUGGCCACUCGAAAAAUGGAGGAAUAUGGACAGACGAAAUUAA